AUGGCUGAUUUCUCAUCGGACUUCUCCAUGCUCCGCCUCGACUCCUCCUUCUCCUCCUCCCUCAAGCGCCCCUCUCCGCCGCACUCCCACCAGCCCAACCCCAAGAAAGAGAAGCUCUCUCCUCCUCUCCCAUCUGGCUUUUCCAAGAUUACCCCUCUCCCUCCUCUCCCCAAAUCGGGCCGCUCCGAAACCCACAACCCGCUCCUCCGCCGCUGCAUUUCCAACCUCGAUUCUCACUCUCCCCACACCGACGCCGUCGCUUCCCCGCCGUCCGUGGUCUCCACGCUCCCGCCCCGCCCCACCCACCACCGCGCCGUCUCCGAGCCCACCUUCUCUCCCGCCGCCAAGUCCGCCUCCCGCACCUCCUCCAGCUCCGGCGACGACGACGACUCCCCCAGUACUAAGAGGAAGCUCAAGAGGAUCAAGGAUCGGUUCAGAGAGAUGACGCUGUGGUUUGAGCAAGUCAUGCUUGAAGAUGUUGAUGACGACGAUGAUGACGCCAUUCAGGUGGAUCAGGAGAAAGCACCAGAGACUCUACAAGAAGAACAAGAGCAGGAGGUGCAGGUUAUCAACAAUGCUGAACCCUCUGAUGAGAAUGUUCAAGGUCUUGUAAUCACUGCUGUCACCAAGGAGGAUUGUGAUCAGAAAAGGUUUGAGGAAUCGGUGAGCGUGGAGAAGGUUGGGGAGUGCAUAGUGAUCCAUUUCAGCUGCCACUGUGGGGUUCCUUAUCAGUUUCUUCUUGCUGGAGGCAAUUGCUACUACAAGCUCAUGUAG